CUAUCUGUUGCUGCCCUUCGGUAAAGUUUUUCGGAACUCCUGAUUUAUCGAUUUUGCUGCUGAAUGAGAAAAUAUUAUGUCGUGUUCUGCAUUUGUCGUCAGAGGCUAAGGUCUGUUCCAGGUAGCCAUUGGUGGAGAGGAGUCACGUGACAGAGGGGUGCCAAUGUUAUUCCAUAAGGGUGUCAAGACCCUGUCAGUUUAUGAAAUAAAUAUUGGGAAACAACGAAAUGCAAAAGGCGACCUACUACGACAGUUCUGCAAUUUAUGGUGGCUACCCAUAUCACAGUGCAAAAGGUUUCAGUUACAAUGUUAAUCAGCAGCAAUAUCCCCCAUCAUCCCACGUGGAAAGUGACUACCAUCGACCUGCCUGCUCUCUCCAGUCAUCUGCUGUCAAUGCACCUCUUCACAAAUCCAAUGAAAUUACAGAAAGUUGCUUGCAAACCAAUACCACUCAACAAAAGCAGCCUACAAUUGUACCUGAUAAUCAGACACAGGCACAACCUUUGUCACGAGGUACAGUUGCCCCACCAUCACCCUCUAUAUCACCUCCUGAAAACACCAGCAGCAGCUCAAAUCAUUCCUGUACAAACAGUAACCCACCACAUUCAUCACCCAGCCCUGCAACAACCAAACAGAUCUAUCCGUGGAUGAAAGAGUCAAGGCAAAAUUCCAAACCGAAAAAUGGUGGCCCCAGCUCAGCUGAAAGUUGUGCCGACGAAAAGAGUCCCACUGGAUCUGCUGCCUCUAAAAGAGCCCGGACUGCUUACACAAGCGCACAGCUGGUGGAACUUGAAAAGGAGUUUCACUUUAACCGUUACCUUUGCCGUCCAAGGAGAGUAGAAAUGGCAAACCUUCUAAACCUCACAGAAAGACAGAUCAAAAUCUGGUUUCAGAACCGCAGAAUGAAAUAUAAAAAGGAUCAAAAAGGAAAAGGAAUGAUGUCUUCGCCUGGAGGUCAGUCUCCAAGAAGUCCUGUGGCUCCUGGCACUGCAGGAGGAUACCUUAACUCUAUGCACUCAUUAGUAAACAGUGUUUCUUACGAGCCCCAGUCUCCAACGUCUUACAACAAACCUCAUCAAAAUUCAUACGGAAUGAGUACGUCAUAUCCUGCUCCUUUAAGCGGCUCUCUUAACUGUCCACCUUCCCAAAAGAGAUACAGUGGAACAGGAUCCGUGACGCCGGAGUAUGAGACCCAUUCACUGCAAGGCAAUGGUAAUUACGGGACUGCUCAUUUACAGACUAGUCCAGUUUAUGGCAGUUACGUAGAUUCAAUUGCCAAUUCGGGCCCUUCCAUUUUUGGUUUAACGCACCUCCCUCACCCAUCUUCUGCCAACAUGGACUACAAUGGCGCAGGCAGCAUGGCCAGUAACCAUCAGCAUGGACCUUGCGAACCACACCCUACAUAUACAGACCUUAGUGCUCAUCAUCCGUCUCAGGGAAGAAUUCAGGAAGCACCUAAGUUGACGCAUUUGUAACGGGCUGGAGAUGCACUCUUCUUCAUUUUAUUACCUCCAGCUGCUAUGGUUGCAUUUUGCCUUUUUCUCUUCGUAGUCAAUUCGCAUUUAUAGUUUGUGAGAUACUGUAGCCAUAUCUGCUUGAAUUUCUUGAUAGCGUUUUAGUGCUCUAAUUUUCAUAAACUUCAGCCUGAGAAUUGUCUCUGUCUCGAAGAGAACCUCGGCUUUGUAUUUUAUCUUCUAUUGUUUUUUAUUGAAACAGGGUAUCAGAGGAUAUUUUCUAAAUAACUCAAUGUGAACCCAAUUCUCAUUAGAUUUUUUUUUUUUUGUAUUGAGAGAAUGGUGGUGGUUGUUAUGAAGCUUCAGAAAAAAGGGGUUGUUUUGACUACGUAAGUCAGAGGCUUUUACGAAGGGUCAUAAAAAUCACUUCAAUGUUAAAAUGAUGGACAUCUAAUUUUAUUUAUUUUUUUCUUGCAAAACAGACUAUGCUAAAUGUCUAACGUAUUAUUUAUCCCUUCCUGCUCAUAUUUAUUAAGUCAAAUGGUACGAAUGAUUUUUGGAAAGUCAAAAUGGGUCAGACUUGGACAACACAACUUCACACAGAAAUGCUGAAAAUGUUUUAUUAGU